ACGUCAAAUGUUCACAAUCACUUUUUAGGUUAAGUACUUUUCCAAAGAUUGUUUUAUCCCUUUUUAAAAGCAUUUUCGCUCAAUAUCUUAAGAAAAUGCAAGGGAUAGUAGAUUACACCGAUUUACCAUGGGAAUUAAGCGUAACUCCGCAAGUUUUAGUGGGUUUAUCCGGUUUAGAUACUUUAAAUAACGCUAUACACAAAUCUAUUUGGGACACAUUUACAAGUAAUCGACGUGUAGAAAGGGCCCCUGUUCAAUUUAAGCUUAUAGAUAACGCUCAUGAGUUUCCCGUGGUUAAACCAAAACGGAACUCUUAUGAAUGGUACAUUCCAAAAGGGUUAUUAAAGAAAAAUUGGAUGAAUAAGUAUUUAAAUGAAGUGCCUGCUGUAAUUGUUAUUUUUUAUGAUUUGGAUUGGAACGAUGUUUUGUGGAAUGAAAAAAUGAUUGAGUGUGCAUCAAGAGUGCAAUCUAUGAGAGCUGCUUUAGAAGGUAGAAACACACGGUUAACAGUUGUUUUAAUACAAAGUACUCCACUCCCUCCAGGAGAGGAUAUGAUAGCAUCUGAGAGAGCAACAGCGUUAUGUACAAGUUGUGAUUUAAGCACAAAAUCGUUAUUUGUUUUGCCCCAUGUUGAUCAUUUACAAGGGUACGCUAUACGCUUAGAGAAUGCAUUUUAUGAUUUAGGCCAAACUUUUUAUCAUCAAGAAGCUAGAAACAUCAAAUCACAUAGGGAACAUUUAAAUAAAAGCACUCAUCAGUAUUUAUUUGUGAGGCAUCAAUUUAAAAUGGGAUUUUUAAAUGAAUUGAGACAAGAUAAUCAUACUGCUCAUAAGCAUUAUACACAUGCGUAUAAUAAUUUAUUGGAAAUAAGAAUCGUGGAUACAAACGCAAAUGAAAUUCGUAUGGUUGCUGGGUUCAUCAAUUACAAAUUAUGUCGAUUAAUGUUUACGUUAAAUUUACCAAGAGAUGCCAUUUCACAAUUUAGAUCGCAUGUGGAUCGAUUUAAGAAUAGGAUUGGGUUUAGACAGUUAGCGUUUGAGCAUUACGCUUGGAUUGCGAAACAAUAUAGCUUAUUUGGAGAUAUUUUUGAUGAAGCGGUUAAACAAGGACUUCCAGCAGUUCAAACCCAACAUCCAGGUCUUUAUUACCAACAAGCGGCUCAAUUUAUCAUUUUGAGACGAAAAUUAUGCCAUGAUUUAUGUGGGCAUGUUUUGCAUUAUCCUAAUCCUGAUCCAUUACAAGGAGCAUCAACUUUAGAGUUUUAUGGUCAAAGACCAUGGAGGCCAGGAAAAGUUAAUGCAGAACCACCAGAUCCACAUUUAGAAAAUAAUGGGAUUAUUUCAUUGCAGUUUAUGGAAAAGCAAAUUAAUCAUUCGAAUAUUAUAAUUGCUUUAUAUGGGCUUGCAAUAUCACAAUAUAAAACAUAUAGAUGUUCGCGAACCCGUAGACAUUUAGUGGUUCAAAUGGCGGAAGAAUAUUUCAAUGCAAAAGAUUAUGGGAAAGCUUUAACGUUAUUUUCGCAUAUGUUGUGCGAUUAUAGGGAAGAAAAAUGGUGGGGAAUUAUAAAAACAAUUUUGUUAAAAGCUAUAAAAUGUGCAUUUAUAACUGUUAACAUCCAAGAUUAUCUUGUAUUAUCAUUAGAAAUUUUAUCAACAUACAUUGAAGUUGAACCAGAACACAAAAAGAAAACUUACGAAAAUUUCAUUAGAGUAUUAAAUGGUCAAUUACCUGAAACCGAAGUAGAUUUACCAUCAGAAAAAGUUCAACAAGCAGUAUUAAUGUGGCAACAAACAUUAUCAUCAAAACCGUUAUAUUUCCAAGUUGAAAUAGGGAAUGUUGUUUGUGCAAUCGACGUAAAAUGUCGAUUUUUAAACCAAAAAUAUGAAGCAGAUAACAAUAUUGUAGUAGAAAUCUUUUUAAAAUCCCUCUGUCAAUUCCCUUUUAUGAUAACAAAAGUGGCUCUGUUUGUAAAAACGCCUGGUUUUAGUAGCGAAGUCGUAGUAGAUCAAAGAAAUACAAAAAAAUUUCCCAACGGAUUAAUUAUUUUAAAUCCAAAUGAAUCGAAAAAGGUUGCCGUCGAUUUUUAUCCGGAUCCAAAUGAUGUUGGGCAUGAGAUGCAAAUUACUGGAGUACAUAUUUAUUUGGGAUCAUCACAAAAUUGUGUGUUGGAUAUCAAGUUUCCUGGGGUUGGAAAUGCAGCUCAACACCAAUUUCCUCAGUUACAACAUUUUUGUUUGUCACCAAAAAAUAUGCCCGAUUUUGAUAACAUCAAACCGCAAUUAUCUGUAAAUAUUACACCAAGACAUUCUAAUUUAGAUUUAAUUUUUAAACAUGAAAAUCCUUCGUUAAUUGGUGAAUGGUACAAAAUAACCACAACAAUUACAAAUAAAGAACAACACGACAUUAAAGAUAUUAACAUAGAAAUAAACUUAUCUGAUGAUGAUAGUUUAGAAAAUAUUGAAUUUUCAACCAAAGACACUUUUGAAAUAGAAAAAUUACCGCUGCUUAUCAAAAUGGAUAAGUUAGAAAAACUAAAAGAAACAAAUGUACAAUUUUAUAUAAGAUCGUUUAAAAUCGGGGAAAAAUUGUUAAAGUGUAAAGUCUCAUUUUUAUUGGCAACUGAAAAACCUAUAGCAAGCAUAAAAGAAGAUAGUUUUCAUCUAUCCACGGUAAAACCAUUUGAAAUAUCCACCAAAUUUUUAUCUGGAUUAUUCGAAAACGUUAAUAAAUUCUAUGUUGAGGAAGAAUUUGUUACUAUGAUUAUCAUUAAUUCGUUAUCACCAUGGCCAUUAUUCAUAGAAGAAUCUUCACUAGAAUUAACAAAUAAUUUCGAAAACUCAGACCCAACCUUAGAAAGUCAAACGAAAGGAAAUAAAUUGAACGAAAAAGAAAGCGGAACAGAAAUUUAUUUAGUAAACCCAAAACGACAAUCUGAUAAACACACGGAUAUUGGACAAUACAAAAUCAAAUGGAACCGAUUAAAUGGAUUUUCAACAACCACGGAAAUAACUCUAUCAGGUUUACCAAUCGAAUGGAUGCCUUUAGAUAUGAAAUUAACAUUACCCGAACAUGGACUUGUUAGAACUCCAUUAUUGGUUCUAUAUCAUUUUAUAAAUAAAUCCCACCAAUUAAUUCAAUUAGAUUUGAGUAUGGAGGGAAAUGACGUUUUUAUGUAUGCUGGCUAUAAGCAGGCACCAAUUCAUAUUCUACCGAAUUCUGAGAAAAUUAUAGAAUACAAUUUGUACCCGCUUACUGCUGGAAGUGUAGGAUUACCACGGUUAUUGCUCAAUAUACCCGAAAAUAGCACAGAAGGACCCGCUUUGAGACAGGAACAGUUGAAUUUAUUAAUAGAGAGGAGAUUGCCAAAGUAUUUGUUUGUUAUGCCUCAAGUUAAAGGUGAUCCAAUAUCCCAAGAACAUAUUCCAGUUCAAAACAUUACGGUGCAAUAAUUUUUAUUGUUUCCUAUACAGAUUAUGAGAAACGUUAUGGAACGUUUUAUAUAUCUUAAUCUGGCGAUACAAAUACAUAAUUAAUAUAUUAAAAGAUAUGUGAAAUAGAGAUUAACUGAUUUUGAGUUACAAAAAUAGGUUAUUACAUAAUCUAGAUUUUUAAGAUUUUUAUAAUUGAAUAUGGGAAAGGACCAACAUGGUAAAGAAGCCAUAAAUUACUUAAAUGGAUGCAUUAUUUCAAAAAUACUAUGUGGUCUCUAUUAUAUUUAAUAAAUUAAUGCUUAUUAGGUAGUUGGAAAGUGA